AUGAGCGAGUUCGAAGCACUGGGCGUGCACCAAUGGUUAUCGAAGCAGUGCGCUUACAUGGCGCUACACCAUCCCACCCCGAUACAAAAGCUUUGCAUCCCUUCUAUACUCGCUGGGAAGUGUGUUGUUGGGGGUGCGGCCACUGGAAGCGGUAAGACAGCGGCUUUUGUUCUUCCGUUACUCCAGAUAUUGGCGGAGGACCCUUAUGGUGUUUUCGCUCUUGUGCUGACGCCGUCUCGUGAGCUUGCGUACCAGAUAUUGGAUCAAUUUGUAGCGCUUGGCGCCCCCCUCCAUAUUCGUGCCGCCCUUGCCAUUGGUGGUGUACCCCAUGAGCAGCAGGUGAGCGUGUUGCACGGUCGGCCACAUGUUGUUGUUGCAACACCUGGUCGCCUCAAAUUUCUUCUUGGAACCUUUCCGGAAGCUCGCAAGGCCUUUUCACAUCUCCGCUUUCUCGUGCUCGAUGAGGCUGACCGGCUCACAACCGAUGAUAUGGAGGGGGAUGUUUCGGAUGUUGUUGAACUGCUACAACCACCACGCCCCACCCGACGCACUCUUCUCUUCACCGCUACGCUGGAGCAACACCUUGUACGCGUUGAAAAGGGAGGAUGGUUGGAACGCCUUGGUAUCUCCGAUGCUGCGGGCCAACUCGAGGUGCACGCCACCAACACUGUGAUGAAUAUGCCAGAUGUAGCACGUAAGUCUGACAACGAAUCGAGUGGCAGUGGGAACUCCGUUGGUACUUCAUACACUGUGGCCGACUCACUAAGGCAAACAUAUCUCUUCAUUCCCAACAUGGUAAAGUUAGCCUACCUUGUUGCAGCGCUCAGGAGUGUGGGAUCGGAUCAGACAACCAUCAUUUUUGCCAACUCGUGUAUGCGGUGUGAGAUUGUUAGGCUUACCUUGCAGCUCCUCGGUUUUCCUGUUUGUAGCCUGAACUCUAUAAUAUCGCAGAAGCAUCGAAUUGAUAACUUAGCCACCUUUAAGCUGGGCAUUGCCCGCGUUUUGGUUGCCACCGAUAUCGCCAGUCGAGGUUUGGACAUUCCCGCAGUUGGUGCUGUUGUACAUUAUGACCUUCCAAAGCAGUCCUCUACUUAUUUACACCGUGUGGGUCGUACAGCCCGUGCCGGAAGGAAGGGUCUCUCCGUUGCACUUAUAACGGAAAAUGAUGUGAGCCUUGUGAAACGACUGGAGAAAAAGCUUCAGUGUACCUUAGAACUCUGGAAGGUAAAGGGUGUGGGUGAAAAAGAUGUGUUAAAGAUCCUUGAUGAGGUCUCCAGUGCUAAGGUACAAGCGAAAUUGCAGAUCGAGGAUCAGUUUGGAGAACGUGUGGAAACUUUGAAGGCGCAUGCAGCAGCGAAGAAGGUUAUUAGACAGGUAAAACAGAAAAAAACUAAGAAUGGAGCGUUUGCGGCUACUCCAAACAAGCGAGAUAAGAUGCAAGUGGGCAAACACCUGCCAAAUCUCCUUGCAGGGGAAGCAGGCACACAAACCAAAGGGGUAAGAAAACCCACAAAGCGAGAUCGAAAUGACUCACCGGAAGAAACCAGCAUGGCAGGGGAAUAA